UACAUUUUUAUAUUAAAAAAUACCUCAAUUACAAUGGAUAAAGAGAAGAUACAACUCAAGAGAAUAUUUGGAUAUUGCUGGGGCACAAGUUUUUUAAUCACUAAUGUAAUUGGGGCAGGAAUUUUUGUGGCCCCCAAAGGGGUACUGAAAUACUCUUGCAUGAAUGUGGGGCUCUCCCUGUGUAUUUGGACUGUCUGUGCCCUGUUGUCCAUGAUGACCACUCUCUGCUCAGCAGAGAUAGGUAUAACCUUUCCACGCAGUGGAGCUCACUACUAUUUUCUCAAAAGAUGUUUCAGCAACUUAAUCUCUUUCCUGAAUUUCUGGACAAGCUUGUUUCUGGGGCCAGGGUUAGCUGCCAGCCAAGCCCUACUCCUCGCCGAGUACAGCAUCGAGCCUUUUUAUCCCAGCUGCUCUGCUCCAAAGCUGCCAAAGAAAUGUCUGGCGCUAGCCGUAUUGUGGACCGUGGGAAUUCUGAAUUCUCAUGGUGUGAAAGAGGUGACUUGGCUUCAGACAGCGAGCCUAGUGCUGAAAAUGGCUAUACUCGGCCUUAUUUCCCUGAGUGGAGUCGUGCUGCUGGUGAGAGGAAGGAAGGAGAAUGUAGAAAGAUUCCAGAACUCUUUUGAUACUGAUUUUCCAGAAGCUUCUGAGUUUAUAGAAGCCAUUUUCCAAGGAUAUUUUGCGUUUUCAGGCGGGGGAUGUUUUACAUAUAUAGCAGGGGAGCUGAAGAAACCCAGAAAGACAAUCCCAAGAUGCAUAUUUACUGCGUUACCUCUGGUAACUAUCAUUUAUCUGCUGGUUAACAUUUCCUACCUGACUGUUCUGACACCCAGGGAAAUUCUUUCUUCAGAUGCUGUGGCUAUCACGUGGACUGAUAGAGUAAUCCCCUCAUUAACAAGGGUUAUUCCUUUUGGUAUUUCUGCCUCAAUAUUUAGCAACCUUCUGGUUAAUGUACUUGAAUCAUCAAGAGUAACAUAUAUGGCUGGCCAAGAGGGCCAACUGCCUUUGCUAUUUAAUAUGCUUAAUAUUCACUCCUCUCCAUUUAUAUCUGUGCUAGUACUUGUCACCAUGGCAUCAAUUGCCAUUGUCUCAACAAACCUCACUGACCUGAUAAACUAUCUUUAUUUUGUAGUUUUUAUUUGAUCUGUAUUAUCAAUGAUAGGAAUACUAAAACUGAGAUACCAGGAGCCAAAUCUACCUAGACCUUACAAAGGAAUUUUUUUCCAUGUGUUUUUUCCAUUACCUUUGGUAACAAUGGCCAUCAGCCUAUGCUUGGUUUUGGUCCCUUUGGUGAAGUCUCCACAUAUGCAUUAUAUUUAUGUGUGCCUCUUUGUUCUCAGUGGACUUCUAUUUUACAUACCUUUAAUAUAUCUCAAAUUGAGGUUGGUUUGGUUUGAGAAAAUGACAUGUCAUUUACAAUUGCUGUUUAAUAUUUGCAUCCCUGAUGUGGCUGAAGAACAGAUGUCAGAAGUACAAACUUUUUAAAAAGUAGCCUUUUAAAAGCACUCCCAAAUUAAAAAAAAAAAAAAAAUCAAGCACAUUAUGGAACAUUAAUGAUGAAAUGCCCAUGGUAACUUUCUUUCUUGAAUGAGAUAGUGUAUAAAGAAGUGCCCAUGAUAGUACCUAGUUUUAAAAAUCACACAAAAAUUGUUAUGUAAAGCCAAAGCUUUGUUUUGGUUUGCAUGGUUUGAUACAUUGAUGAUAUUUCCCCCUUUCUUCUAUUUUUUUCUGCACCCACCCUUUACUGCUGAAUUUGUGGUGAUUUUGUGAUAAAAGUUAACAAUUAAAAUAAAAAAGCAUUCUCUUCUUCAUUCCUGAGUCCUUACAUUGGUGCUGAAGAUAAAAGAAUAACCCCAUUUGUCUGAUUAGCUUUUCCCUGUUUGUAUUUUUUCAACCUAAAAGCUAUUUGAAGCAUGAGUUUUUAGGUUAUUUUCUUUUGUACUCCUUCUUCUAAAUUCUGAGAUGCUUUAGAAGAACAAGUUUACUAUGUUUUCAUUUGAUUAAAAUGUGACUUAUCAAGGAACGCCUGAGUGGCUUAGUCAGUUGAGCAUCCAACU